AUGUUUGUACCUUGGCACAAUGCGCAUUGGAGCCAGGGAUGGUUGUGGUCAGGCCCUAUAACAGCCCAGAAACGAGCAGUCGCGUAUGGUGUUCCAAAGGGCAAAGGUGUACGAUUGACAGCCCUGCAACGAGGGCUUGUCGAAACUUACGUGCGCGACGUCACAAAACUUGUGGUGCGCGCUUGGGGCGGAAACGACAUGCAUGUCAGGGUUCAGUUCUCUGGAUAUGGGUCAUGGACAGCGGUGAGUGCUAACAUCCCUGUACAGGGACUAACACGACAGGAAUUAGGUAUAUGGGUGUACACCUUAAUACUGCAAAGCGUCGAGCUAUGUCGCCGAGAACUCCCGCUCUCCAACGAACCGAGGUCGCUCUCAUUCCGUGGCAACCAGCCCCUCGCUAUAGACGACCUAUUCGUUUUCGGGUUGAGCAAGGUUUACUUGUUGAUUAAGAGGCAUAUGACGACACCAACGUUAUUGAGUUGGUUCGAUAACCGUUCUCGUAUCCCGAGGUGUUUGCGUCACUGCAUCAAGCAUCAUUUCUAG